AUGAAAGGAGGAAAGGGCGAUCAUGCCAGGACCAACGGUGGUACUGAUGAUGGUGCCACUGGUACCUGUAAUGACGAUAUUCUCGACCAAGCGGUAAGAGACGCCCUUAUCAAGAGAGCAGAGGCAGAAGCCUUACAAGUCCAACGAGACCAUGAAACCACCAUUGCAAAAACACAGGCAGAAGAAGAAGAAGCUGUCAAGAAACAGUCAGUCAAAACGACAGUCCCCGACCUGGCUGGUACCAACAGUAGAAGCAUUAAAACCCAGUCGACAGCUAACCAGCAGGAACAGAAACAGCAGCAGCAAGCUACAGAAGAAGCCAAUCAAGCUGUAGAUGAAGAAGAAAUCAUGAAAAUUGUGGCAGAUCAGGCCAGCUUGUCAACCGCGCUAAUGUUGAAGGAGGACGAAGAUAUCAAGCACAGACACAAAAAGUCAGGCAAAAUGAAAGCUCAGCUCAGCAACCCCCAACAAAGCGGGCAGCUAUCAUUCUUCUCAAAGAAAGAGGCAGCUACCCCUGCUGGGGGUAUUCCUGUCAAAGGAUUGCCAACAGCAGAGGACAACGAUAUCACUGCCCUCAUGCAAAUAGCAGCGGAAAUCAAUGAAAAUGCCAAAAUGGAGAAAUUUACAGUUGCUGCAAAUUCCCAAGACCACAAUAAUAACACGCCCAUGGAUGAUCUCAUGCAAAUGGCAACCGAACUCAACGAACAUGCCAAAAUGGAAAAAAUCGCAAACGCUUCAAAUUCAAUGGUACAACCUGAAGUUACCCAGCAGAGACCAGGAGCCUAUAUGGGUGUACCAGGAGAAGCCUUACAAAGAGCCAAUAACCUACGACUCUCUCUUGUGGGUGCCAGUACCACUGGUCCGGGUGUACCAUUGGUGCAGAUGGAAGAUGGAGAUUCCUCUACACUGCUUCAAACAAAUGACGAAAUGCCCUCCAGCAGUGAACGCCAACUGGCAGUGGCAAAUCUAGUCCUGGAAGAUGAAGACGAGGAGAAAAAUAUGCCAGCUGCUGCUCCAGUGGAUCUACAACAGCUCCAAGAGAGAGAGAGCAAAUGA